UUCUCUCUGGUUCUUACCUCUGCAGCUUUAAUAAUAAUGAUGUUAUUGUAUUACCAUGACUCAGAUGACUGCUACCACCACCCCACUACUAGCUGUUACUACUAAUGUCAUUAUUUGAAUAGUUGAUGUACCAACCAUUGUUCUAAAUACUUACAUGAACAGAAUAAUUCUUAUAAUAAUUCAGUAAGCAAAUUCAUUUUGUUUUUCCCAUUUACACAGAUGAAGAGUUUAGGUAACUUGCCCAACACACACAUCUACUCAGUAUUUAUACUACGAUUUGAACUCAGGCAUUUUGGUUCUAGAGCCCUCACAUUAUAACCACAAGGGUCUGUUUUAUCAAGGAAUACUGUAUAAUAAGUAUUCUCAGCAACAUAACAGUUCUGGGCAUCUUCAUGAAAUACAAGGAACUUCGGACACCCACAAAUGCAAUUAUCAUUAACCUGGCCGUUACUGACAUCGGGGUCAGUAGUAUUGGCUAUCCCAUGUCUGCUGCCUCAGAUCUGUAUGGAAGUUGGAAAUUUGGAUAUGCAGGAUGUCAGAUUUAUGCUGGAUUGAAUAUCUUUUUUGGAAUGGCAAGUAUCGGGUUACUCACAGUCGUGGCCAUGGAUCGAUACCUGACCAUCUGCCGUCCUGACAUAGGAAGAAGAAUGACCACCAACACUUACAUCAGCAUGAUUGUGGGGGCCUGGGUCAAUGGCCUCGUUUGGGCUGUGAUGCCUAUCUUAGGGUGGGCUAGUUAUGCCCCAGAUCCUACUGGGGCCACCUGUACCAUAAACUGGCGGGAAAAUGAUGCAUCUUUUGUUUCUUUCACGAUGACAGUUGUUGUGAUAAAUUUUAUUGUGCCCUUGACAGUGAUGUUUUACUGCUAUUACCAUGUCACUCGAUCAAUUAAAUGUCAUACUACUAGUAACUGCACUGAGUACCUCAACAGGGAUUGGUCAGAUCAGGUAGAUGUAACAAAGAUGUCUGUGAUAAUGAUACUCAUGUUUCUGGUGGCGUGGUCCCCUUAUUCCAUCGUGUGCUUAUGGGCUGCCUUUGGUGAUCCAAAGAAGGUUCCUCCCUCAAUGGCCAUUAUUGCUCCACUGUUUGCCAAAUCUUCUACCUUCUACAAUCCCUGUAUUUAUGUGGUUGCUAAUAAAAAGUUUCGGAGGGCAAUAUUUGCCAUGUUCAAAUGUCAGACUCACCAAGCAACACCCGUGACAAAUAUUUUACCAAUGGAUGUACCUCAAAAUCCACUGACUUCUGGGAGAAUAUGAAAUCAGAGGAAAGCACAAGUUAUCAAAACAUUUUACUUACUUUUUUUUUUGCAGUGCUUUCAUUUUAUUUAAAGUAUGAGCCCA